UCGUUUUGGUCAAAUACAGUCCAGCACAAUUUUUUGUUUUCAUCUCUGUAAAUGUAUUUUUUUUUUUACAUUCUAAUUUAUCCAUUCAGACCCGCAAGGAAUCGUCCUAGAUUUAAUGGCGAACAGGAUGUUUUGGACUGAUACUCUGUUGGAACAAAUAGUGAGUGCUAGCGUACUCGGGUCUAACCGACGAACCAUUAUCAGUACGGGUCUUUAUCGCCCAUGGGGAAUCACAUUGUCUCAAAAAAGAGGGAAAUUGUACUGGACUGACCAAGGUCUAUCAACUGGAAAGAUUGAGAUGUCAAAUAAAGACGGAUCGGACAGAAGACAGCUGAUUACAGCACGAUUGAGAGAACCUAGGGGCCUGGCCCUUGAUUCUCAAGAACAGCGCCUGUACUGGACGGAGAGCUACUAUGAUGUGAUCGAGUCGAUUGAUCUUGAUGAUCUAUCUGAUCGAAGAGAUCAUGUUUACGCUGUUAGGGGGGACUUGGUGUUCUUUGGCAUCUCGCUCUAUUUCACCUCAAUCUACUUCACAGACUUCGCAUCUAGAGGUCUCCACGAGGCAGACAUUGGAGUUGAGGAAAUCAGGGAUAUUACUGGAUUUUCAGCAGGAGCGCCUACCCAUGUCAAGAUUUAUGCCGACUUAACGUGCCCAGUUAGCGAGUCUUGCCCCGAUAACAGUCGAUGUCAGCUCGUUGCGUAUAACACUCCCGAGUGCAUUUGUAUAGCGGGUUUGAACUGCCUUACAAGUUCCACAGGGAUAGCCCCUGCCUCCCUGGUUGCUUAUCAAGGAAUAGUAGAUAUUAAAGUGUCAUACUCAUAG